AUGCUUUCCAUUAAAUGGAUCAUAAUACACGCUUAUAUAAUAGCUAUAAGUCAGUCUAGUCUAGACAUCCGCAGAUCUGGCUGGCUGGACAGACUGGUUGAGUACCAUAAACAGAAUUUCAUUAAUGACUUGCAGAAAAUACCUACUGUACAAUUGAAAGCCAAGAUAGAAUCAGCACCACCUGGGUACGUAGAUUCCGCAAAAUGGAAUUACGAAUCAGUAAUCCGUCUACUCACUCUAAUAAGACAGAGUGAAGGCUUGGGUCCAGUGCGAAGGGCGAUUAGACGAGCACUGCAGUCCACCAGACGUAUGAGUAUCAAGGAGAGCAUGAAACUUUUCCCAAGUCUGAAGAAGCACAUACCCAACGACAUUUACUAUGAUAUAGAGGAAUCGGAAGAAUAUUACGAUGCGACGAUUAAAACACCAAUAUAUGAAAACAGAACACAAGACGAUGCUAUCAUUAUCGUCAGCAAUCCUGUGGAAGCCCGGCUGCCAAGUGCUAUGAUCAGUGUGAAUCUAUUGAAAGAGAUUCUUGAAACCAGAGCUCAGGCGGCCAGAUAUAUGCCCAAAACACGUAUGACGUUGUAA